UUGGUCACCUUCGACCUCCCUUACCUCGCCUUCUACUACAACCAGAAGCUCCUCAUCUACCAAUCCCACGCCGAAUUCGCCGACGUGGCGGCCAAGCUCAAGGAAGGCCUGGCCAGUGUCCUCGACGACGUCUACCAGCUCGCCGGCCGGUUGGGGAAGGACGACGAAGGCGUCUUCAGGGUCGAGUACGACGACGACGACAUGGAUGGCACCGGCGUCGAAUUCUCUGAGGCCGCCGCUGACGAUAGUACCACGGCGUUCAAGGACUUGAUUCCGUACAGUGGCGUCCUCAACGUCCAAGGCCUCCACCGCCCCUUGUUCGGCAUUUAG